AUGGCCGCAGCGCUGAACGACGCCGCCACCCACAUCGCCGCCAGUGAACUGCCCUUCGAGCAACGCCUGGCGCUGCUGGUGCAGCGCGAGGUGGACUGGCGCGACAGCAAACGCCUGGAGCGCCUCUUGAAGACCGCCCGGCUGAAGGUCUCCAGCGCUUGCCUGGAGGACAUCGACUGGCGGGGCAGCCGAGGUUUGAGUCGGGAAGUCAUCACCAGCCUGGCCGGCGGGGACUGGCUGCGCCAUGGCCACAACGUCCUGCUCACCGGCGCCACGGGCUGUGGCAAGACGUGGCUGGCGUGUGCGCUGGGUCAGCAGGCCGUACGCCUGGGCUUCUCGGUGCUCUACACCCGCGCACCACGCCUGCUGGAGGAACUGCAUGUGGCCCACGGUGACGGCAGCUUUGGCAAACGGCUGGCGCAACUGGCCAAGCUGGAUUUGCUCAUUCUGGAUGACUUCGGCAUUGCCCCGAUUGCUGCACACGAACGCAAUGACCUGCUGGAACUGCUGGACGACCGUGUGGGCACGCGCUCAACGCUCAUCACCAGCCAACUGCCAGUGACGGCCUGGCACGCCUGGCUGGACGAGCCCACGCUGGCCGACGCCAUCCUGGACCGCAUCGUCCAUGGCUCGCACAAGAUGGCCCUCAAAGGCGAGUCCAUGAGAAAGGUCGCCAGGGCCGCUUGA